GCCUGAGGAGACAGGCGAGAGAGAGCGAGACGGAGAGAGAAAGAGGAGGCCGAAGCCGGGCGUCGAAGCAGCGGCAUCAGCGGCUCAUGGCUCGGCGCCUGAGGAGGCCAGAGGCCGGCGCGGCAGGCGAGGCUUCUCGCUGAGGGCCUUCCUCGCUUCCCCGCUCGCUCGCCCCCGCCGUGGCGGUGUUAUGGCCUCUUGCUGGAGCGCCAAAGGGUCCCUUGCUUGGAGGUCAGCGCAGCUCCUGCUCCUCGUCGCCGCCGCCUCAUGUCGGGGAAACAGUGCUCUUGCAGAACAUUCUGAAAAUGUGCAUAUUUCAGGAGUCUCAACUGCUUGUGGAGAUAUUCCAGAACAAAUCAAAGGCCCAAGUGGGAUCAUCACAAGUCCAGGUUGGCCACUUGAAUAUCCUGUCCGACUGAAUUGUAGCUGGUACAUCCGAGCAAAUCCUGGGGAGAUCAUUACAAUAAGUUUUCAAGAUUUUGAUGUUCAAGGAUCACGGAGAUGCAGUUUAGAUGCUUUAACCAUUGGGGCGUAUAAAAACAUGGAAAAUUACAGAGUAUGUGGGGCUUCUAUUCCAUCUCCAUAUAUAUCUUCACAAGACCAUGUUUGGAUCAGAUUUCAUUCAGAUGAUAGUAUAUCACGCAAGGGCUUCAGAUUGGCUUAUUUUGCAGGGAAAUCCAGUGAAACAAGCUGUGACUGUAACCAGUUCCAUUGUUCCAAUGGGAAAUGUAUUCCAGAAUCUUGGAAAUGUAAUGACAUGGAUGAAUGUGGAGACAAUUCUGAUGAAGAAAUAUGUGUCAAAGCUGGUCCUCCAACGGCUGCUGCCUUCCAGCCGUGUGGAUACAACCAGUUUCAGUGUCUGUCUCGUUUCAAUGUUUACACUUGCAUUCCAGAAUCCUCAAAAUGCGACGGGAACCUUGACUGCCUUGACUUGGGAGAUGAAAUAGACUGUGGUGUGCCAACAUGUGGGCAGUUGCUGAAAUAUUUUUAUGGUACUUUCAAUUCUCCUAACUAUCCAGACUUUUAUCCCCCAGGGAGCAAUUGCACUUGGCUGAUAGACACAGGGGACCACCGCAAAGUUAUUUUGCGUUUCACUGACUUUAAACUUGAUGGCACUGGUUAUGGGGACUAUGUCAAAAUAUAUGAUGGACUAGAAGAGAAUCCACGCAAACUGUUGCGUGUGUUAACUGCUUUUGACUCCCAUGCCCCUCUCACAGUGGUUUCUUCUUCUGGUCAAAUCAGAGUGCAUUUUUGUGCCGACAAGGUCAAUGCUGCCAGAGGAUUUAAUGCUACCUAUCAGGUAGAUGGUUUCUGCCUGCCGUGGGAAAUCCCAUGUGGUGGAAACUGGGGCUGUUACACAGAACAACAGCGUUGCGACGGCUACUGGCACUGUCCAAAUGGAAGAGAUGAAACCAACUGCACCAUGUGCCAGAAAGACGAAUUCCCAUGCUCUCGAAAUGGUGCUUGCUAUCCACGUUCUGACCGCUGCAACUAUCAAAAUCAUUGCCCCAAUGGUUCGGAUGAAAAGAAUUGUUUCUUUUGCCAGCCAGGAAACUUCCACUGCAAAAACAAUCGAUGUGUGUUUGAAAGCUGGGUUUGUGAUUCGCAAGAUGAUUGUGGCGAUGGUAGUGAUGAAGAGAAUUGCCCAGUUAUUGUGCCAACCAGAGUAAUAACUGCUGCUGUAAUUGGAAGCCUUAUUUGUGGGCUGCUCCUUGUCAUUGCUUUGGGCUGCACGUGUAAACUAUAUUCAUUGAGAAUGUUUGAACGAAGAUCAUUUGAGACACAACUGUCAAGAGUUGAAGCAGAAUUAUUAAGAAGAGAAGCACCUCCUUCUUAUGGGCAACUGAUUGCUCAGGGCCUUAUUCCACCAGUGGAAGAUUUUCCCGUUUGUUCACCAAAUCAGGCCUCUGUCUUAGAGAAUUUAAGGCUGGCUGUUCGGUCUCAACUUGGAUUUACCUCUAUUAGGCUUCCAAUUGCAGGCCGGUCAAGUAACAUUUGGAACCGAAUCUUUAAUUUUGCAAGAUCUCGCCAUUCAGGAUCCCUGGCACUAGUUUCAUCAGACGGAGAUGAUAUCGCCAGUCAGAAUACUAACAGAGAAUCUGAAAGAAACGGCUCUCACCGAAGCCUCUUUUCAGUGGAGUCUGAUGACACAGACACAGAAACUGAACGGAGAGACGCAGCAGGUGCUGUCGGUGGUGUUGCUGCUACUUUGCCCCAGAAGGUCCCUCCUACAACAGCUGUAGAAGCACCAGUAGUCUGUGGGACACCUUCAGUUCAAAACACGAGCAGUAAUGCAGACCAUGGGAGAGAAGCGGCAAGCAUAGAGCCUCCAAAUUCCAGUCCGGGGCGCCAUCAGUUCUCAAAUGCAUUGAGUCGCAUGACUCAAGGAUUACGUUGGGUACGGUUUACUUUAGGGAGGUCAAGUCCAGCAAAUCAGAACCAAAGUCCUUUGAGACAGCUUGAUAAUGGGGUAGGUGGAGGCAGAGACGAAGAUGACGACGUUGAAAUGCUAAUACCGGUUUCCGAUGUAGCAUCAGACUUGGAUGUGAACGACUGUUCGAGACCCUUACUCGAUCUCACCUCAGACCAAGGACAAGGGCUUCGGCAGCCUUACAGCUCAUCCCAUAAUGGAGUACGGUCCUGUAACCGCGACGGCCCCUGUGAGCGCUGCGGGAUAGUACAUACUGCCCAGAUACCUGACACUUGUUUAGAAGCGACCCUAAAAAAUGAAACUAGUGAUGAUGAGGCAUUGCUGCUUUGUUAAGUAGUGGUUGAAUGGGUAGAAAUGUAUGCAAGUUGGAGCAAUAGUGGUGAUUUUUUUUGUACUUCAUGAUUAAGUGAGAAAUAGCUUUUUGUUUUGAAAAGAAUCCAGGGCAAAUCAUGUGACUUAAACAUUUUAUUGUGCAUGGCUGAAAGAGCCUUUGUCAUAAGGGGAACUGAAACAAAAGUUUUCCAAAGUCUGUAUACAUAAUUUAUAUUUGCUGUUGUUUGGUUAUUCCUCUGUGAUCACUUUCCGAGGGCUUUUCCCACAACUGCUUUUCUCCCUAGUUGUUCUUACAGCUUGUGGAAGGACCGCACCUGCAGAUGAGGUGUCUUUGUGACUUGUGAAAUCUGUGAGCAACCAGUGAGCUUCAUGAGCUUUGCCUGCCUGAAGAUUUAUAUUUUAAGCAAUGCAGAGGCAUGUAACUGUGGCCACUCCAGUUCCUACCAUAUUUUAAGGAUCAAGGUGGGUUAAGGUAAUAUUGGAAGUGGUACUCAGUUUCAGAUAGUUUAACAUGAUGGUGUAAUUCGCAACAGAAACAUGGCUGCUCAACCAUUUUUGUCUGCCUGCCAUUCACUUCCAGAUUGCUGGGCUACUUUUGUACAGAAUAUUUAUUCUUUUUUUAAAUCAAAUCCAGUGUACUAUUGCCAAUAUAAUUUUAACUGAGUAUACUAAAAGGUUGUUAUAGCUAACCAUAUUCUUUUUUUCCUUUUAUGGUUUAUAAUAUUUUUGUCUAUUUACGGAACGGUAAACUUUUUUCAGAGGGAAGAGAGACUUUCUUCAAUAUGCUAUGUUUUUUUUUUCUUUUAUUCAAACAGGAGUUAACUUAGAUAAAAAGAUGGCAAAAAAUCUUUUGUAGCUUUUAUAACAUUGACUUUAAUAAGUUAGUCUAGUAUGUACAACCAAAUAAGGUGUAAAAACUCAAAGUAAUUUUUCAUCUAUCUUUGAAGAUAGAUGAAGCAGUUAAAAUAUGCAUUGAUUCUUGUAUAUAACGUGUGUUUUUUAAAAGCGGAAAUAGGUACGUAUAACCCUAGGAAAUAGGUUCCACCUGCUAAUAAAUCUUCUCCCUAAUGGGGUUUAAAUUUUUUUUGGUCUAAAGGGAUUUGCACUAAAAAUUAUGUUAAAGGUCUCUUAAAGAGCUUAGUGCACAGGCACUAUCACUUUAAAUACUAGUCUCUAAUACAGCAAUGAAUAUAUAUAAAUAUAAUAUUUCCACGGUUUUGUUCUUGGAUGCUUUUUUUGUUUGUUUGUUUGUUUGUUUGUUGCUGCAAUUGAAUUUGCUUUACUAAUUUCCUAUUUAUUCAUUGUAUUUAAAAGCUGGUUUACCUGGCAUCCGUUUGUGCUUUAAAAGAAAUAAUGAAUUUGGUAUAUUUCAAGGUUUUUAUUUUUGUUAUAUCAUGUUGUUGAUUCAAAAGAUACCAGCAGGGGGAUGAAAACCAUAGUUUCCAGUUUACUGGCCAGCUGGUGGCAGUUGUUACUAUUAGGUGAUAUCAAGACAUCCAUCAUUUGGGAAAGUCAAGAUUGUCAGUUGCCGUUAUAUUUAUUCUUUGCCUGUCUUUGUAGGCUUAAUGAUUUAGUAUGGAAAAAAGUAUUUGUGUGUGACUGUAUGCUAUUUAUUAAAUUUUACAUACAUUGCUGAAUGUCAUUUUAAAGCAUGUUUAAAGUCUUGUGGGUUUCUUGUUGUGUUAUGCUGUCAGAAAAGCUGACAAUGUUUUAUGAUGUAUCAAAUUAAAAAUAUUAUGUAUUGAGAUACUUUUUAAGAUGAACAUGACAUUCUAUUGUUUUCUAUUUCUGUGUUUUUUAAAAAAAACACAAGUAGAAAACAUGGUAUAAAAUCAAAUGGAAGCAUAAUUUUUUCAUAUAACCUGAAAAGUGAUAUAUUUUAAUAUUGAAAAAUGUUUUCGUUUUGGGACUUUUGGGACAGGCUCUCUACUUUCCUCCUCAAAAAUAUGGGAAUAUGUCAUGUAUAUGAAGCUUGCAUUUAUUACUUGCUAGUACAUUGAAUAUAGCUUUUUUAUUUGGCCUAGUAGUCUAAAAUAGUCUUCCAAAAGAACUCCCCUGGCAUCUAAAUAUGAAUUGAGUGUAAAAUAUCAGAAUGCUUCAUACAUUACAUCCACAUUUGCUAACUCUUCAUAUUGGCAGCAAUUGAAGGGUCACUAUAUGGAUUCAUACACUUGAAAUAUUCGAAACCAAACGAAAAGAAUAUCUACAAGCUGCAUCUCAAUUUAUUCCCCAGGUUUUGGUUCAAAACCAACAUAUAGGUCCUGAAAUCAAUAUAAGCCCUGCUGUUUCAAAGUCAGAAUUGUGACCACUUAUCUUUGAUACUAGAAAACAUGGUGAUUAAGAAAUAGAUGAGAUGACCAGGCAAUGAUGAUAUAUUUUUACUGUGCUUUCUAAAUCUUAUGAAAUAAUGGAUUUGAAAUACGUAGGUCUCUUUUAAAAUACAUUGAUCCUACAAAUAGGGCCAAGUAAUGGGUUGCAAAAGUAGAAGAGGACUUCUUGCCAUUACCAAUUUCAUUUUUUGGAGUGGUGUAUAGUGGUGUCGAAGGCUUUCAUGGCAAAAAUUACCAGGGUUGCUUCACAGCAACUCGGUCUAUAGUGGAUUUCGUGAAAUUAAAAUUGUCUUGUUCUCCAGAGCUGCCCACCUCAGUAUAGAACAACUUAUUAACAAACAGGAGUAGUUUGUAUUCAUGGAGGAUGGGGAAGAUUGAUUUUAGCAUAAAGAUCACAAAUUCCCAUAUUUGAAAGAAUAUUUUGAAAGACUUUGAAUUGGAAAUAAAAUUUUGAGUACAAAGAAACUGGCCAACUCCUCACAGGGAGCAGAGUACACUGCAGAUGAAGAUUAGACCAGAUUAACAAAAUGAGCUGCAGUCUGUUUGAUGGCAUUUCUUGCUUCAAAAAAGGCAGAAUAAGAAGAGCUAAUGCAGCACAACAGAGUUUCUGAAACAUCCUUGCAGUGGGCACGUUGUGACAUAAUGGACUUUGAUCUAAUGAUUACUCUCCUGUUUGAUAUGUCCAGGGCCAUUAUUAAAACCACAGUUCAACCCUG